AUGGAGGAGGCUUCGGUGCGAUUCGCCAGCAAGCGGUGGCCUGCUCUGCUUCCCCCGAUUGUGGCGACUCUGGAGGCUUUGGGCUGGUGGUGUGACGAGCGCGGCGCCUUCAUCUACCGGCGUGACUCCUGCGACCACGUCCGGGCCUUCGAAGUGGGAGUGGGCUCCAUUGACGUGUUGGCCGAGUGGCUGCGGGAUGUGUAUCGUCGGCGGGAGCUUGCUAGGUGUGGCCGGGUGACCAAGGCGUUGCAUCGGGAGGAGGAUGGCUUGGCUCAGGGUCUGGUGCUUUCUGCUCCGGCGGCGGGGACCCUAGCGGUGUUUCGCCGGACACAAGUGGGCGUGGCGUGGCUCUUCGUCUACAGUGGAGAGGCGCUGCCGCAUUUGAUGUGGAAUUGCGAGGCAACCUCUGAUUUGGUGAGCCACCUGCGUGCUCCUGGGCAUCGCUUGGAAGAGAGGCUCCUGGCCCAUGCGGUUCCCGAGUUCCCCUUGGCCCCGGUUGUGGUUGACUACGAGGACAUGCUGGACUCCAUUGCGGAAACCCUGGACAAGCGACUUGUGGAGGACAGACCCCUGUUCGUUGCUACGGAUGGCAGUCUUGUGGACUCUGUUGCAGCUUGGGGCUUGGCUCUGGACGGCGAAACUUCUUUCUCGCUGAACCUUGGUGGCGAGGACCAGUCGGCCCAUCGUGCGGAGGUGGAUGGACUCCUGGCUGUGGCUCUAGCUCUGGGCCGAUGUCAGCAAAGAGGCACGGUGCACAUCCUUGCUGACUGUCAGUCUGCGCUUGCGGUAGUUGACGGUGGAGGUCAGACACCCUUGUUGGCUGCCAGGGCUCUUGCUGCCUUUGCAGCCCUUCGUGGCAGGAUUGACGUGCAGAAGUGGUGGGUGCCUUCGCAUGGUAAACCAGCGCCUCCUCGAUGGCGCUGCCCUCCAUGUGGCGAGAUGCUUGCGAGGGCUCUGAAUGCCCAUGCUGACAGAGCUGCGAAGAGCUGUGCUACGAGAUGCAGUGCUGGGUCGGGACGUCAAGCUUGCGUGCGUGCUCGAGAGGUUGCCUUUGAGUGGGAGAAGCAGGUCCACUUGGCCUUCCGCCGGGUGGCCACGCGUUGGGCCGAGGCCUAG